UUUACCCUUCAUAUUUAAUUCAUUUUCUUUUCCCUCCUCACAUUCAAUUUCCUAUUUCCCUCGCGCACAUACACAGCGAGUUUAGAGAGAGAGAGAGAGAGAGAGAGAGAGAGAGAGGGAUUAGGGUUUUUAGCUCGGAUUCGAGUUCCACCAUGGACGCUGCCACGGUUCUUGAUUCAGAAAAUUGUGUUGCUCUUGCUCGAGAUGAUAAGACAAAAGGAAUGGUAAAGGGUUCAAAAAUUGGAAGUGCCCCAAGGAAAAGGCUUGCUGACAUAAGCAACUUGCAGCAGCGACCUAGACCAGUAGACCAAGAGGUGAAAAAACUUCCUGUAUCACUUACAACUAAGGAGUACAUUGAAAAGCUACAGAGGGAAAACUUGACAUUGAUGAAGAUUCUUGCUGACAGAAAUAAAACUAUUGAACUGAGUGGCAUGGAGUUACAGAAACUUAGACUCAAUCUGCAGAAAGUGCAGCAACAGAAUUUGCAACUUGCCCAAGCAAACAGCCAGAUGUUGGCGGAACUUAAUUCAGGUAAAGAUAGGCUAAAAGCACUUUAUCAUGAGCUUGGAUGCAAAAAUGGCUUGCUCAAAGCAAGAAAACUGGAAAAGGACAAAGAGAAAAUGUUAAUUUGUCAGGAUAAAGGAAAUAAGGUAGGUUUAACUGAGUGUGAUGAGGCAGCUCAGGCGGGGGAAUCCUCUCAAGCAGAUAAGGGGGGCUGUAAACCUUGUAAUACAAACCGGAGAAGGCAAUCCAAAAAACAAUCUUUGGGUCCCACCACUACUAAACCAGUACAUGCUAAAGAGAAUGUUGAAAAGAAGAGGUGUUUGAGAAGGCAAUCCUCUAGGUUUAACUCUGAAGAACCUGAACCAACCGAAGACUUGUUUGAGAUAGAUAAGGCUUCGGGCCCUACUAGUCUUAAACCAGUCCAUGCUGAAGAGAAUGUUGGCAAUAAGAGGCGUUGUUUGAGAAGGCAAUCUGCAAGGUUUAAAUCUAUAGAGCCAGAACAAACUGAAGACUUGUUUGAGAUAGACAGUGCCAAAUUUCCUGUCUCUCCUGUACAUGACGAUCUGGUGCAUGAAAGUGGUCAAAUGUUAUCAGGAUUGUCGGCCAAAGAAGAAGAUGAAGGAAAUACUGCCCUAAGAUUUGAAUCUCAAGAAAAUCGAAGAUCUUCAGUUGGAAGGCCAUUGCGACGAGCAGCUGAGAAGGUUCAGUCCUAUAAGGAAAUUCCACUUAACAUAAAGAUGCGGCGAAAUGAGUGAGUCAAAUUAUUUUUCAAAUUUGUCCUUCGUUUUGUUGAAUGUGGUGAAUGAGUAGAGCAGCAUUUUCUGCAUCUUGCAAUCUUUUGUGCCUUGUGAUAUUAUUCUUUUGUACCUUCCAGUUGCACAACUUCCUUUUUUGGGAUGCAUGCUCCCAACACACUGUAAAUUUUUUAAUUUCUUUUGUUAUCACCUGCUGAUGAUAACUAAGAAUGCACAAAAUAUUAAUGCAAUAUUGUUCAUUGAUGUUGUAUCUGAAGAACACACAGAUUUUCUUGCUGAACUGCUCAGUGGUAUUCCAUUAUUAUAAAGAGUUGUAUUUUCUCUAAUUCUAUAUGGUCCUCGUGGUUUGGGGUUGUGUUGAGGAGAUGGUUGAUUACGAGUAACAAUUAUUUCAUAAGAGGUGUAAUUUGGGUCUUACGUGGACAUGGUUGAUUUCCAUUGUUGUAUAACUAUUACUAUGAGGCUAAUGAUUAAUGCCUUGAUGGUAUUCCUUCGGGGAGUAAUUUUUUA